AUGUCAUUGAGCACCGUGACCCUGUCGGAGACGGAUAAGAAACUGACCCAGUUUCGGAAUUGUCGCGUACUACGCAAUCAUCGGCUGGUGCAGGACGAUGUUUGGGUGCGCGAUGGCAAGAUCAUCGAUCCGGAGAAAGUGUUCUUCGACGAAAAGCUACAGGCGGAUGUACAGAUCGAUUGUCAUGGCUGUAUCGUUGCACCCGGUUUUAUCGAUCUACAGAUCAAUGGUGGAUACGGUGUUGACUUUUCGUUUGAUGUUGAAACCGUCGAAGAAGGUGUGCUAAAGGUGGCAAAAGGACUAUUAGCUCACGGUGUUACAUCGUUUUGUCCGACGCUGGUUACAUCGCCACCAGCAACGUACCACACAGUUUUGCCCCGCAUUCCCAGAACGGCUGGUGGGCGACAUGGUGCCACCGUGCUGGGCUGCCACGUGGAGGGACCGUUUAUUAACACUAACAAAAAGGGUGCUCAUCCACCGGAGUGUAUCAAAGAGUUUGAUCAGGGUAUCGUAACGGUGCGUGAGGUUUACGGUUCGAUGGAAAACGUGCAGAUAAUAACGCUCGCACCGGAGAAGGUCGGCGCUAUGGAAGUUAUACAGAACCUAAGCAACAAUGGAAUCACGGUUUCGGUGGGCCACUCGAUGGCAAAUCUGAGCGAUGGUGAGGUUGCGGUACAGCAUGGUGCAAGGCUCAUCACGCACCUGUUCAACGCAAUGCUUCCGUUCCAUCAUCGCGAUCCGGGGUUGGUAGGGUUGCUGACAACGGAUAACAUUCCACACGAUGCGCUCGUGUACUUUGGUAUCAUUUCGGAUGGUGUCCAUACGCAUCCGGCUGCUUUGCGUAUCGCAUACAAAACGCAUCCGGCCGGUUUGAUCCUGGUGACCGAUGCUAUAUCGGCUAUGGGGCUGGCCGAAGGACGCCAUCGCAUCGGACAGAUGGAGAUAGAAAUUCGCGCUGGGCGAGCGUACGUCGCCGGAACAAACACGUUGUGCGGUAGCAUUGCACCGAUGGAUGAGUGUAUUCGAUUCUUCAAAAAGGCCUCCAAUUGCUCUAUUGAAUACGCGUUGGAGGCCGCUUCCCUUCAUCCGGCCCGUUGUAUAGGGAUAGAGCAGCGUAAAGGAACGCUGAACUAUGGUGCGGAUGCCGAUUUUGUGGUGCUGGAUGAUCAUUUGCAGGUGCAAUCCACAUGGAUUGCGGGAGAAUGUGUCUAUCGAGGCGAAGAGAUUGUCUCGAAUGCUUUGUAA